CUCCAGGCUCACUGAGCACACAGGGACACAGCCACAGUCACAGGAGCCAGGAUACACUGCCUGGCUGAAAUUAGACCUGGAGCCUGUGAGGAACACUGGCCCCUCAACACUAGGGCUAGUCCUACACGUGCACCUGUCCAGCACAGCCUGGGCACUGCGGGGCUGCCGUGACUCAGGGACUUCCUCAAGCCGAGGAGGUGCUGCCGUGUUUAUCCAACCGUCCUCCGCGAAUUUUUUACCCAUGAAUCCACCCCAUUAGGCUUUCAGCCACCUGAAUUAUCGGCGCCCACAUCCUGUGGCCAGCAGUGCCAGGUCUGGAGCAGACACCUCCUCUGGCACAGCCGGGGUGGGAUUGCUGUUCUCAGCACCCCGAGCACCCCCUGGAACCCUUCCUUGGCCACUCGGCGCCUUCUUCUCCCGCCGAGGGGCUGCUUUAUUCACUUCCCACUGCAUCCCCCUGCUCCACACUCCAUGUCCUGCACAGUAAAGGUGUCUGCGGGUGCCUCCCCUGGUGCCCCCCACCAUUCAGGGGAUCUCUGGGGUAUCUCUGUCUCCUGAAGGUUGGGCUGCGGGAAAAGGGGAACCGGGACGGGAUAACCGGGGAUGCAGCCGGGGAUUGGAGCCAGGAACCGUGACCAGGAAGUGGAGCCGGCGGUGAAACCCAUCCCGCCCCACGGGAGACGCACCCUCACCCUUCCCAUCACAGAGAACCGGUCCGUCGAGGCGCGGACGGGCUCGUCCCGGUGCCGGCACUGGGCGGACACCGCUCCGAUCCGCCCCCACGGGCGGUGCCCGGUACCGACCCGCCCCGUCGGCGAGCGGCGGGCGCGGGGAGCCGGGCGGCGGCAGAGCCACGGGACGCGCCAUGCUGCCCGCUGUCCUCCGCCGGUGGCUCCGCCGACCCAAGCGCUCCGACCCUCGCCUGCUUUCCCAGUUCUUCUUUGCCGAUGAGAGGGUGACAGCGGUGGUGGCCGAGAUCAAUGGGCUGGAUGCCGAACUGGACCCACAGCAGUACCUGGUGCUCCUCAACCAGCUCCACCUCAGUCAGGCUCACCUGCUGGCCAUCCUGGAGCGGAUCAUGGAGGAGUGCAUCCCCAUGCAGCGGCACAGCCGGGACUACCUGGUCAAGUUCCCCGAGGAGCUCUUGGUGGACAACUUGGGGAACCACAUGCUGUUUGCUGCUGAGUGUCUCCUGGCUGGGACCUUCCCGGAGGUGGAGGAGGCGGACAGGGCACAGCUGCGGCCCCAGGCCAGGAACCUGCUGUGCAGCCUGGAGCUGGUGCGGACAGUGCUGCGGGAGCAGAGCCUGAGCCAGCCCAAUUCCUACCCGGAGCCCGUCCGGGCUGUGCUUAUCCAGUUCGACCGGCUCUUUGCAGAGUUCGAGCUGAGCUAUGUGUCCUCGCUGGUGGCAGUGAAGUCUCCCGAGGAGAUCUACAGGCAGCAGGAGAUCAUUGUGCUGUUCUGUGAGACGGUGGAGAGAGCCCUGCGCCUGGGCUACCUGACCCAGGAGAUGAUCGAUGGCUAUGAACCGCUGCUGAUGUUCACCAUCCCUCGCUUGGCCAUUAUCAGCGGCCUCCUCAUCUACCCCGAGGGUCCCCUCAGCCUGGAGCGGAGCCCUGAGGAGAUGUCCCGGGUCUUCAGCCCCUUCUACAACCUCCUGAAGAAGAUCAGGGAGCUGCUGCGGGUGCUGUCAGUGGAGGAGCUCUGCCUGCUGGAGAGGAGCCUGUGCACAGCUGAACCAGAGGAUCCCUGUGGUCCAGAUAUCACCCCAGUGUGGGGAGCAGCUGUGCCCAGAGAGGACCCCCCUGCUCCCUCUGGUCUCCUGGAGAUCCCUUGUGCCACACCACCAGCCCUCACCUGCACGACGCUACUGGGACCCUCUGGUGCUGUCGACAACCCAGGCACCGACUGGCAGUGGGGCCCCCAGAUCCCCGGGAGCAGCCCAGGGAUAGGUGCCACCCCGGGUGCCCGCUGCUCAGAGCUGCGCUGCCGGUACAGCAGCACCAAGGACAUGCUGCACACCCUCUUUGUCUGCAUCUCUGGGGUUGCCGAUCAGCUCCAGACCAACUUUGCCAGUGACAUGCGCAGCAUCUUGAAAACGGUCUUCAAGAUUGUGGCCUCGCAGGCGGAGCCCUUGGAGGAGCCCAGUGCCAGCCGAAAGAAGGAUGAUGACUCCUGUGUGGCAGAUGCUCCUCGUGUGGCUGACUGCCCACUGUGCUCCAGCCCCACGGAGGCUGCCGGGCUCUGGAGGGCAGGCACUCACCGCCUGCCUGAGUGGGUGCCCGACAGCACGUGCAGCCAGUGCUCUGCCUGCCGCUCGCCCUUCACCCUGCUGCGCCGCCGGCACCACUGCCGCAGCUGUGGGAAGAUCUUCUGUGCCCGCUGCUCACCGCAUGCUGCAGCGCUGCCGCACUACAGCCACACCAAACCCGUGCGUGUCUGCACCCACUGCUACACCACACACCUCUCACCCGCAUCCCAGUGCGCCCGGAGCCAAUGAGAGCCCCUCUGCCAGAGCUGCAUCUGCAGGAGGCCAUGCACCAGGGGCAAAGGGCCGUUCCGGGGCUGCUGGGCAGCUCUUCAGCCCUAUCACUGCUGUCAGAGCUGGGUGGGCAUGAUGGCAGGACCCCCCUACUUGGCAGUAGGACUCCCCCUCACACAGGGGCAGGACCCCACAGACGGCAGCAGCCCACGCCUGGCAGGCCAGGGUCACAGUGGGCGCAGGACCGCCCCUCCUGAUGCACCGUGGCCGUGCCCUGCUUUCAGUGAACCGCGUGCACCUGCCCCCCGGCUGGAAAUGUGCUUCGUGGUGGUUUUUUUUCAGGUGAACUUUGACUGUUGUUGGGCCCGGGGCAGAGUCUCCCCCCCCACCCCACGGCCUGGCCUGAGAAGGUGCAAACAGCCCUCACAUGACGGCGGGUGCCCCAGGGCCGCCCGUGCCACACCCGCCCGUGCCGUGCAGUGCCGUGCCCGGAGGCCCGGCGCUCCCCUGCCCUCCCUUCCCCACCGCCUGCACCCGACGGAUUUUAAUAAAGAGAGAAGCCCGCCUGGC